GCGGAGGAGGAAAAGGCAGAGAGAGAGAGCCCAGCCCUUCUUGAAUACACGGCAACAACACGCUGACAAGGGAAGCACAUACAUACACUGACCGAGACCUGCUGCCGUUAUUUUUUAUUUUUGUUGGGUGCAAAAGGGGGUGGGGAGACGCCUUUCGACGCUGCGGAUAAUAUGAACUGAACAGAAGAGGCAGGGAUCCUGCUCCUAUAUCCCGAAUAUUCACUGUCAAGGUGGAAACCAGACCACCUCUACCACCCCCUCCACCUCCCUUCCCAUAAACCCAUAAACCGUCCUUUCUCCCUUUACCCUGAUAGAGCUACACCGCCCCCCCCAAAAAGCCCCCCUUCCCUGCUGGACUGCUCCACCCCUCCGGUGACCGAGAUGCACACGGAGACCCGUAAUAAGAAAUGCCAGUCAACCCCUAAGCAGAGGAGGAGCGGCACCCACAAGAAACAGAGGAUCCCGGCUGCCAAGCAGAGCGCCCUGACGCAGAGGCCGCCCUCGCCCUCGCUGCCGGCCUCACUGCCGUCUGCAGCCCAGGAGGAAGAGGAGAAGGAGGAGGACAAGGAGCCCACGGCCAGGCCUCAGGCGGGGGAGGAGGAAAGCGGAAACAAGGCAGAAGGAGGAGGAGAAGAAGAAAAAGAGGAGGAGGUGGGGACAGACAUGCCUUCAGUCCAGAUCAAACCAGAGCCAGAGGAGAUGGAGUGCACGCAGGCCAACAUUGGUGACGAGCGCUCCUACCAGACAAACACCAAAGUAAAGACGGAGUUGCCGACCUUCAAGGCCGAGGCAUCCUCGCCACAGCCCUGCACAGCCGAGGACCAGACUGAGCCCGUGGACUUGUCUCUCAACAAACCGCGCUCCUCUUCGCUGCCCACCCCCACGACCAACACUGCUGUCAACCCGGCGCCAGGAAGCGCUGUGACACAGCCUAGCCUGUCUGCAACGCCGGUCCCAUCGGCAGUACAGUCCAUAGGCUCCAUGGUUCUGUCCCCAGGAUCCAUUUUGGCCACGCAAGGCGCCGGCGGACAGCAGAUCCUUCACGUCAUCCACACCAUCCCCUCAGUGAGCAUGCCCAGUAAAGUUGGCCAGUUGCAGACCAUCCCCGUGGUGGUGCAGUCCCUACCGGUGGUUUACACAGCCAUGCCCACGGAUGGUGUGGCGACCGCCGCCAUCACCGUGCCCCUCAUAGGUAGUGACGGACGGUCAGAAGGGACAGGUAAGAAUGUUCGUAUUAAGCCAGGUUCAACAUCCCCGGUGGAAUAUCAAAGCGAGAGCGACGCAGAGAGUGGUACUGAGUCUGGAUCAGCCUCCUUAAGCGCCCAGAGCCUGGACACAGGGUCAGUUAUGGACUUGGAACCCGUUGAUUCAGACUCUCCAGACAUAAAACGGAGGCGGAUCCACAUGUGUGACUAUGCAGGCUGUAAAAAAGUUUACACCAAGAGUUCCCACCUCAAAGCUCAUCGGAGGAUACACACAGGCGAGAAGCCCUACCACUGCACCUGGGAGGGCUGCACCUGGCGCUUCGCCCGCUCCGACGAGCUGACCCGGCACUUCCGCAAGCACACAGGGAUCAAACCUUUCCGCUGCACUGAGUGCGACCGCUCCUUCUCACGCUCUGACCAUCUGUCUCUGCACCGCCGCCGCCACGUCAUGAUGUGAACUUUCACCUUCUAUACCCGAUUCACCUGGCUCCUGAUUCCUUACAAAAUUAAAUAUUGUGAUGUCACAAAAAAAGACCUUCACAGCGCAUCCUGCACCGGAGACCCUGCCUCCUUAAGCUUCUUGGAAUUCACAACAUCUUCAUCGGGAAACUUUGCAGAAAUCCAAAGUGCAUCGCUGUUAGCGGAGGUUAAGUGCAGAAUAAUGUUCCAUCUGUCCGUCCUUCCAUCCAUCCAUCUCAUUUACGUCGGGGUCUCGCCUCAGUAGCUCAUUCUUUUCCCAAUAUUCCAUUGCGGAAUUUGGAAAUUCCACUUUUAAUCAAAAUCUUUUUUCUUCCACGUUUGUUUGCAACUUUUACAGCAAGGAUGUCCCAAUCCUCAGCUGAGGUGAUUUGGUGUUACCAUAUUUUUAACAUUGAAAAAAAUCUACGUCUCCUUCUUUUUUGGUGCAAGGCUGUACAAGACUGUGAACUUUUGUAUUAAUUAUUAACAGUCUUUUGCAUCUUCUUCUCCCGCACAUACAACUUUCUUCUUCUUCUUUCAUGAAAAAAACAACAGUAUUUUAUGUGUUAUAUUGUUGCCUUCAGUUUUGUCGUUUUUUGGCGCUUUUGUUGUCGUUUUUCAUUUCUGAUCGUUGGUUGUCUUUUAAAGGCUGUGAAAGAAAGAGACAACAGGUUACUCAGAUUCUAUCACAGGGAAUACGGGAGUUUUUCCGAGUGUGUGUUUUUUGUUUUUGGGUGCGCAUGUUUUAGAUAAACACACAAAUCAUAAUUUACCUUAUUUACAAAUUUGUGUUCCGGCCACUUUGACGUCUUUUGCUUGUUGAGCCUUAAUUACAGAAGUCAAUCUUAAAAAUAAAAAUGAAAAAAGGGCGAAACUUAGAACCACUGACAGCGGAUGUUGAGUUCGUCGGAGAACCCGGUCUUUGCAAUGUAAGCAUUGUGAUGCAAAAGGCUUGCAUCCUUUCUAAAUGUUCUAGAAACUAGUUGAUGUACAGCAUCAACAGUUAUUGCAAAGAUGUAAACGUCGACUCUUCCAUGGUGUGGAUAGCUGGGGUCGCUGCUCCCUCACUGUUGCCUCUGUGGUUCAUAUUGGUACUACAAGCAUGUCACACCUUUAAACAAGUCCAGACCUUUCAAACAGAGAUCCUGCAAAAUUGCCACAUCAGUCGUAACAGCAGUGGUAACAACAAGGCGGAAAAAAGCUUACUUGUAUGCCAAUUUGGUCACAAGAGUCAAACGCUAACAUCUUUAGCUGAAAUAAAAAGAUACUGUACAAUUUUCUUUCUUGAUACCCCUUUAAAUUUGUUUGUUGCUAACGUAACUAAAUAAAAGUAAAUUCUCAUUUAGCUAACCAAGUAUUUAGCGGGUGAGCUAGCACAACUCCACUGCUCACAAAAGCUGAAUCCAGCUAUAGUUUUAGUACCAACAUUUACUCUUUAUGUUUUGCCAUUUGAAGAGCAACAGAUCACAUUGGACCGUUGUCGGUGGUUCUAGGAGACACCAGGCGCUGUGUCGGGCUGCCAGGGUGUAAACCAAAGGGGAGACUAAGAUCUCUCCUCGCUAGUAUUUCUACUAAGGAGGGGUCCAUUUUCUUUCAUUGUUCCUGCGUUAAUGCCUUAAAAAGCUAAAGCUAGCUAUGAAGUUUAGGCAAAGCAGCGUUCACCUCUCAAACAGUCCACUUGAUUAUGCAUCGGAACCGCACAAGUAGCAGUGCCGAUAGUUAUGCAGCUCAUGUGCAGUCGUACGGUACCAUUAAAAGGAGGUCGGGAUGUUUCUAAUGCUGCAUUCAAGAAAACUGAGCAGUCGGAUUUAACCCGCUUGGAGCUUAUGAGUUUAACAUAAAGUAUUACAUGAAGUACCCUUUUCUGACAUUUUACCAAAUAACUUCACCCAAAGUGGAUAUAACAUAUUGUCACCCUAAUUUAGAAGCAGAACAGAUUCAAGAUUAGAACCAUUAAAUAUUGAUCAAUAUUGUUCAUAUUAUUAAUUGACAUUAUAACGGUAAACCAUGCAUGCCGUCAAUGUCGUGGGACAUCAGAUUUAAAUGAUAUCUGGUAAACGUCGUCUAUUAUCAUGUCAUCUAAUUUUGUCAAUGUUCACAGAACUGGAUGGGUCACUGUUUUGGCUGUCUCUUUACACUUUUCUUACCAAAUAAUUCACUCAAAUAUAUAGCGACAUGCUAAUUUUGAAGCAGAACAGUUGAUAUAAACGUUGAUAACGUAAACGUUGAUAUCGACGAUAAACUGUUUUGAUGUUUUUAACAAAAAAAAUAAUCAUUUCUGGGCAUUUUCUCGUCAUUUAGAUGGAAAACAAUGUCAAUUAACAUGUCGUGGAUCAUUUGUGAUACGUUGACUUUUUGGCAGUAUAGCAACACAUCUUCACGCUCAGUUCAAAGCAGAUAUAAAUAUCGAUAUCAAACACGGUUAGCGUCACUAUUUUCCGAGAGAUUCCGACAUCCUUACAGUAAAGUUUGUUUUUUUCUUGUCUUGCGUCAUACAAGUUUAGAUUUCGGGGGCGGCAUGGCUCAAGUGGAGAGCGGUCAUCUCCCAACUUGAAGGUUGCGGGUUCGAUCCUCCAUCCUCCUCUGACCGUGUCAAAGUGUCCUUGGGCAAGAUACUGAACCCCCAGUUGCUCCUGAUGCUGCGUCAUCAGUAGGUAAAUGUGCCAGCAGUGUCAAAGCGCUUUGAGUGCCUUGGAGGUGGAAAAGCGCUACAAGGGAAACCAUUUACCAUUUCCACGUUUUCUUGGAUGCAGCAUCAGACUGCGUUUUUGAUUACCAAAUGAAACGUCCAGGAGGAUGCUCAUGAUUUAAAUCGAUUUACAAUCAAGACAAACUAGCUUUUACUACUUGUGACAUUUGUCUUAAUGAUACAUAACAAAGGCAAAAUAUGCUUUAAGCUGCGUUUACCACCAUUCUCACCGAUUUGUUGCAAAAAAAAAACACUGUACGCCUCUUAGCCACACCCGAAGCUGUCAAAUCUUGUUUUUAGGGUUUUUUGUAGCUUUUUUGUGGCUACUUUCUGUUAAGCAUCCCUUUUUGGCUUCAACUAACGACGACAAAAACAAAAAAAAGCACAUCUUUCUAGAAGAGUAUAUGCAUUUGAUGGCAAAGUGUCUUUUGUAAACUGCUGAUAAAGACAUGAAAGGACGAUGAUAAUAAAUAAUGAAGAGAUAGGAAAAAAGACAUCCAUGUACAUAAAUGUAUAUAAUCAAAAUGUGCAAAAAGAGUAAAUGUAAUGGGUGAAGUUCUAUUUUUAACACUGACUAUAUAAUGUGAACAACAUUCUCCCCCCCUCCUUCCUCCUCUUCUUUGUUGGUUUCAUCAUGUCUUCUUUUUACAGAAUUAGAUUUUGUAGUUUCUUACAAAUAAUAAUAAUAAUGGUCCCACUUGUGUUGUGCAUACUUGUGUUGCAUGGAGAGUAGCCCUCGUUUUUUACAUAGUAAACUUGGUGAGCAUGUGUCUGUGCAAGACAUCCGAGUUGCCCUCAACGACAUGAAGAUGAAAGAAAAACGUUACAAUUGUUUGAUAUUCUGCACAAAACCUUUAAAAUAUCACUUUAAAAAAAUGUCAUGUUAGCCUCAGGCUAGCUUAGCAAUCAAGCAGUUUUUAAAAAUUAUAUUUGUAGCGUCAACUUCAACUUCUUCUUUUUAGCGAAAGACAAUUUAAACUAAAAACAAUGGCUAGCAACUGUGACUAUUGCAUUGCCAAGGGUUCGCUAUACAAUAUACUGUAGCUGAUAAUACGGAAAACUGUUGUGAUGCUAACGUUUUAACGCAGCCUUUUUCACUUUUUUUCAAAUAUUUUCUCACAGAGCAUAUAGUGACAUUGUCUUUGUGUCAAGUUUCGAAGCAGGACAGAUUCUGGUAAACGUCGGUGAUGCGACGACAAAUGUAAUCCUUGUCAGUAUGCUGAAAAACGUAAUAUCUUUGCGCUAGUCUCAAAGCUAAACAGUUUGCAAUAAAUGUCAAUCUAUUAUUUCACCUUUAGCAUUGGUGUUAACCACAAGAAGUCAAAAAUCAUGAAUGCGGCGUGCUAAUAUGUUGGCACGUGGGCGUAUGAUUAAAAAUGGCAGUUGUGACCAUGUCUUGAAUGCUAGCAAAACAACUAGCGUUCAAGUGAUGUUUACGUGUGUAUGCUAGCAAAAAAGAAGCUUGUUUAGCCACAAGAGCUAGCCUGACUUUUUAAUUUAAUAUACCUUCAUCAGCAUCAAAAACACAAUCACAAUAUUCUCAUUGUAUAUUUUUUUAAGAUAAUGCCACAUGAUGGACACAUGAUGUGUUGCAUUUUUUCCCACAAGCUUGUUUACCUCUAACUUUCAGUAUGUUGAUAAACAACAACAAACGUUAUGUCUCUGUGUAUGAGUGCCUCAACCUGCCACCAAUCAAAUCUAUUUUCUAUUGAAUGCAGUAACUCACGGGCCAGUACAACCAUUAUAUUACUCAGUACAAUGCAGUUAUUAUCAUGGUUAGAAUAAUACAAUGAUUAAUAAUUUACUUUCUCAUCCUCCUCUCUUUUUCUUUUGCAUUUGUACAGAACAAAAAUGUGUAAAGCUGAGCGAGGAAAUACAAGCUUUUUGAUACUGUGACCCAUGGUGUUUAAAAGUCUAAAAUGUUUUUUUCCACUCCAUGUAUAGUUGUGAUUAUUCCUCCCGUUCCUUCUCCUGUUUUAGAAUAAAAAAUGUUUUGGGUGCAAUUUAAUUCAGUUUAUGACUGUGGU